AUGUAUGCCAAGGAACUCGCAGUGUCGGACGUGGCCCUGUGGGAGGGGUGGGUGGCCAACGGGCGACGGCGCGAGAUCCGCGGCACCCAGCGCUUCGAGGCGGACGUCUCCGAAUUCCCUCUCAGGUUCUCCUUUCACGACGGCAUCAUCUCCGAGCUGUGCCCUGCGGCUAACGAGACGAGCUGGGUGCUCAACCUGAAGCGCGGCAUCCUCUCCACCUUCCAGAACUCCAUGCGCCGCUUCGACGUCAGCCACAAGGCCGUCGAGGCUGAUGUGCACGGGGAGUGCGAGACCCUCUACAGCCUGGACCGCGUCUCCGGCACCAGCCUCAUCCUCAACAAGACCAAGGACUUCUCCACGUGCAUCAGCCGAAACAAGUUCCACUCCAUCCUGCAGACCACCCCAUAUGUUUUCCAUUCGGCGCAGCACGGCGUGCCGGUGGUGCGGUCGCGCGGCUCGUGCGACCUGUGGGUGGACCACAACGUGUACAGCCGCAUCGACUGCUCCGAGGCGCACAUCUUCCAGCCCUUCUCCAACGGCAGCAGCGGCGCCACGACGCGCGUGCGCCAGGCGCUCGAGCUGCUGCAGGAGGAGGCGGAGCCCGCCGACACCUCCGAGCCCGUGGACCGGCGGGUGCCGCUGCUCUUCGACCACGACCUCACCCCGAAGCCCACGUCCGGCGAGCUGCGCGCCUCCCGAGACCUGCUGCGCGCCAUGUGCCUCCUGCACGACGGCGACGUGCAGCCGCAGUUCCCACACGCGUUCGCGCACUUCCUGCGCACGGCGCGCCUGCUGUCGCCGAGCGCGCUCACACAGCUGUACCUGCGCGCGCCGGCGCUGUGCCGCACCGCGCGCCAGCACCUGCUGUCGGCGCUGCCGCUCCUGGGCAGCAACGCCGCCGUGGCGCUGAUGCGCGACCUCAUCCUGCGCGGCGGCGUCGACCGCUCCCUCGCCCACGACUGGCUCUUCGCCGUCGCCUUCAUCCCCAGCAGCGGCGCAAUUCUAUUGGUGGAGCCACAGGUGCUGGCGGUGUCGUCGGUGGUGCGCUCGUACUGCCGCUGGAACCCCAGCUGCGCCGACCAGCGGCCCGUCUACGAGAUCAUGGAGCACCUUCUGCGCGUGCUGCGGGACGCCAUGAGCGCGCGCGUCUGGACGCGCCAGCCCCUCGAGAAGGCGGUGGUGGCGGUGAAGGCGCUGGCCAACGUGGGGCUGGCGUCCGACUCCCUCCGCACGACGCUGCGGCGCUGCCUCGCCGACCCCGGCGUCCCGCUCGAGCUGCGCCUCGCCUGCAUCGACGCGCACAGGCGGCUGCCGUGCGAGGACACGCGGCCCUUCUUCCUGGAGCUGUUCCGCAACCAGACGGCCGACCCCGAGCUGCGCAUCGCCGCCUACCUGCAGGUGAUGCGCUGCCCCAACUACAACGUCAUCAAGACCAUUAAGCACACGCUGGAGGUGGAGGAGGUGAAUCAAGGUAUGCGCUCUCCUAGCAUGCGCCUUUGCUCUCAAAGCUAG